GGUAGGUUGAAGCAGAGGGAGAACUUACGCUGACUGAGGUGAUACUCAGUGACAGGAGAAUCUGACUCGGGGACAGAUUUUCAGCCAAGAUCUCACAGGAUGGAGUUGGCCUCAUUCCUCAGGCUGCUUCCCCUGGUUCUUAUCGUGAGGAAUGAUUUCAGUGACGGAGGCGAGAUCAUUCUGGAAGAUUUUACAAGAAUUGUGACAGUGCCUGAAAACAGUCUUCCAGGAACCAACAUCCUUGAAUUCCAGGUCGUUGUGUUCGACGAUGAGAUUGCAGCGAUCACUGUCACUUCCACGCCAAAGGAUGACUACUUCCUGUUCACUUUCAGAAAGACCCAUCAGGUUGAGGGGACCAAUUUUUACACAGUGACGAUAUAUCUAAAAGACCCAGUAUACUUGGAUUUUGAAUGGAUUCGCAUGUACAUCCUCACUAUAACCAUCGAUGGGUUUAAUACAGACCGUUACGUUGAACAAGCUAAUCUGCUUGUACAAGAUGUCCCAGAUGAACGAUGUGGUGUCCAGUUCCAGACUCCAGGAGGAGCCACAGUGCAUGUAAAAGAGACGGCAGCACCACUGUCCCAAAUCUACACCAUCGUGUCAGCACCAUCACCUGCAAAUAAUUUUACAUAUACAAUCACCGAUUCAGUCCCUGCAUCUGCGAGAGAUGAAUUCAGUGUGGAUCAAACGGGCAGGAUUAGUGUCCCACUCCGGGGAUUUGGUCACAAGGCUGAAGAGAGGAAAUUUGAACUGCACAUUACUGUGACACAGAACACAGAAGUUAUUUGUAGUGGGAUAUUACGAAUUAUUGUGACUCCAGUCCGUCACUGGCCUCCGAUAUUCAUAUCCGCUCCAGGCUCUGUCACCAUCCCAGAGAAGCAAGGCCCAGAGUACUAUGUGGCGCAGGUCACUGCUACAGGAAACAGCGUGCAUUACCACCUGAUGACCCACAGCCCUGCCUACAAGAUUGGUGAGGAAAGUGGAAUCAUCAGAACCUCAUCCAACCUCGACUUGGAUCAGAACUCAGGGCUUGCCAUCAAUCUGCUGGUGAUAAUCGCCUUUGAUGACAGCUACCGUUACAGUUCAGUGGCUAAUGUCACAGUCUACGUGAGAGAUGUGAACGAUCAUGACCCACACUGCACACCUCCCAUCUUUGUGACUGAGAUUCCAGAAACCACUCCGAAAGAAAGCAUCCUCUUUCACCUGACCUGCAGAGAUCCAGAUUACUCCAAGACUGACCUUUCAUAUUCACUCGUAACCAACGAGAAUUCACAUUUCAAAUUCAUGUAUUAUGCUAAUAGUGUGAGGCUGAACGAGAGCCUCGACUAUGACUCCGCUGAGAUGGUAGGUCUGGGUUUCCGAUACACAGCCGAAGUCAUUGUAACAGAUGCUGGAACCCCGCCACGGACAACAAGUGUCUCAGUGCUGGUCACUGUCAGUCAAGUGAAUGAGUUCCCCCCUGUCUUUCAUGGCAUCAGAACUUUCUCAGUUCCAGAGAACAGUCCAGCAAACACACUGGUGGGCAUAGUGAAUGCUACUGAUGCUGACUGGGUCUAUAACAACUUGCGUUUCUCCAUUGUUGGACAUUCUCCGCCAGCUUUCUACAUCCACCCGUACACUGGCGAAAUCAGCACUCUGGUUCCACUUGAUUUCGAAAGGAUUGGCACCUACACGUUGACAAUCCAGGCAGUGGACAUGAACCGCAAUGAGGCCUUUGAUAGCUUCCAUCAAAGAACCAGCUACACCCAAUACACCAUAAAUGUUCAGAAUGUAAAUGAUCUUCCUCCUGUAUGCUUGCCCCCAUUCUACAAGGAAACAAUCUACUCCACCCGAGGAAACGAUCUCCCCAUUGUUACGCUAUCCUGUACUGACCAAGACUCUGAGCUCCUCAACUACAGAAUUGUUGGUGGAAAUAUAAACAACCGCUUCAUUUGCCAGGGAAGUUCCCUGUUCUCAAGAAACACCUUCUCGUACAAUCUGGAUGGGAUCUCCGACCCAAUGACCUUUGAACUCCUCGUUCAGGUCACCGACAGUAAUGGUGCUGAUUCUAAAGUUGUGCUGACAACCACAGUGAUUGUCAUUGUCCAUGUAGUUCCUUGGACAACAACCACACCAUCUCCAACUACACCAUCAGCUACAAGGAACUCAGAGAACAAAAUAGUGACUCUGCUGGAUAAAUAUUGGAAGCCAGACACCUGGUUUGUGGUCGUCCUGACAUUAGUCUCAGCAAUGGCAGCUGUGGUUUUAGCAGGACUGCUCAGAAAGUGUUGUUCAAGUAGCUGGUGUUGUAAACAAAUUUUCCCACAGGCCCAGCUGGCUGGGGACCUGUUGCAGGUCAGCGGAUCCCUGCUUGAUGCUGAAGCACAGAAGGGAAAUGACACUGGGGGUCCCACUGCAGAGAAAAAGCAACCACCAUCAAUCAUCUCCCUCAGUCAGCUACAGGAAGGCCUUAUCUCUUCAACACGACAACAGGAGCCCGCCGGUGGGUGUGAGAGACCGAGGAGCCCCCAUUCCAGCCCCUGCAUGGGAUAGGGCCACGCUUUGCGAGGAAGGAGAGCGUAUUUACCGUAGCGUGUUCUGCGCCCUGGUUGGGUGGGGGAGUGGUGCAGAGUACGGGAGAGCGCACUGUAUCGAGCUGAUCAUUGCUACA